UUUGUAUAUAGGAUUGCAAAGUUACCAACAAGGGUGCAUCAUUUUAUGACUUCAGACUAAAUUCAAGAUCUAUAAAAUCAACAAUACUUCAUUUUCAGUUGAGGAACUUGGUAUGGGCUACAUCAAAACAUGAUGUUUACCUUAUGUCACAUUUUUCUGUCAUUCAUUGGUCUUCAUUGAAACACAAAAAGCGUGAAAUUCUUAAUGUUUCUGGCCAUGUGGCACCAUCCGAGAAACAUCCUGGAAGUCUGAUGGAAGGUUUUACUCAAACACAAGUCAGUACUCUUGCAGUUAAGGAUAAGCUGCUAGUUGCUGGAGAAUUCCAGGGUGAACUGAUAUGCAAGCAUUUAGAUCGACCUGGAAUAAGCUUUUGUUCAAGGACCACAUACAAUGACAAUGCCAUUGACAUUUAUGUCACUCCAAGUGGUGCAGUUCACCUUACUGCCUCAAAUAAUGACUUUGGAGUCAGAGAUUUUGAUAUGGAGAAAUACCAGCUUUCUAAGCAUUUUCAUUUUCUUUGGCCAGUCAAUCAUACUUCUCUGAGCCCUGAUGGCAAACUUCUAAUAAUCGUUGGAGACAACCCUGAUGUUAUGCUGGUGGAUUCUGACACGGUGAAGACUGUUAUGCCCUUGCGUGGACACUUGGAUUACUCAUUUGCAUCAGCUUGGCAUCCUGAUGGUGUCACUUUUGCCACUGGUAACCAAGACAAAACUUGCCGGAUUUGGGAUGUUCGGAACUUGUCCGUGUCGAUUGCAGUUCUCAAGGGGAAUCUUGGAGCAAUGCGGUCCAUACGCUACACAUCUGAUGGUAGGUACAUGGCAAUGGCUGAGCCUGCUGACUUUGUCCAUGUUUAUGAUGUGAAAAGUGGGUAUGAGAAUGAGCAAGAAAUCGAUUUCUUCGGUGAGAUAUCCGGGUUAUCCUUCAGUCCUGACACAGAGUCUCUCUUCAUUGGUGUAUGGGAUCGUACAUAUGGUAGCCUUCUUGAGUAUGGCCGGCGGAGGAACUACUCAUACCUCGAUUCCCUGAUCAUGUGAGUCCGUUUGGUUAUUGACGGUAUCUGAGCAGUA